AUGUCAUUGUGCAAGUCAUUUGGUAAGGACAAAGUUAUCUUUGCAACCAAAGAAGAUCAUGCAACUCCGAGUACAAUUGAGCUACCGCCGCCACAACCUCAACAGGGUUUGAUUACUCCAACUGGAGAAAUCAAUUGGGGUUGUCCGUGUUUGGGUGGAAUGGCUACAGGACCAUGUGGCGUUGAAUUCCGUGAUGCAUUCUCUUGUUUCCAUUACAGUGAGGCAGAACCAAAAGGAUCAGAUUGUUAUGAUGCAUUUAAAACGAUGCAGGAUUGUUUCACAAAAUAUCCUGCUGUAUACAAUAAGGGUGGCGGUUCGGAUGAUGCCGAUGACAAUGAUAUCGAUUUGGCUGGCAUUGAAGGAAUGGGCGGUGGUGAAUCGACGGAAAAUCCAGCACAAUCCAGUGAAGUAGAGAAAAAAGAAAACUAAGUUUGUUUUGUUUAACUUAAAAAAAAAAGAGUAUUUGUUAAAAAAAAGUUAACUGAAUUAAAAAAUGUAUUUUAAGUAGGAA